AUGUCCAUGAUGACAACCUUGAAACUAAAUCUGGGUCAGCACAUGAUUGUGUCGCCUCUCAUCACUCGCACGGUCGCAUUCACACCAUCUUCCAUUGCCGCAACUCUGACUCACCAGCAAGCUGCUUCUUCUUCUUCACUAUUUCUAUGUAAUAUUAGUACUCCUUUGCCCACACGGGUCAGGUCCCAUUCUUACCCACUCCCUGAAUCUAAUGACCAAGUUGAAGACCUUAGAGUCCCUGACCACUGGUUAGACCCAACCAUUUCCUUGCAGGAAUCAGAAUGGCUUAGGGUUACAUUACAUAAAUGGUUGGACGAUGAGUACUGUCCAGAAGAAACCAAUGUGGAAAUAAGCAGAGUUGCUGCCAACUCUUACUAUAAUUCUUUGCUACAGAAGCAGACAGACCUGGGUGAGAUUCUGUUGAAGAUGGCCCGUGAACUGGAGUCUAUUAACUACAAAGAGAGUUUCCAUGGGGCAUUCUCAUCAGCAAAUGCUGCUGUUGACCUUAUUGCUCAACGGAUAGAACAGUUCAGUCAAUCAAUUUGA